AACAGCGGUUUGUAGUGAAGCGGUUGCAGUUGUCGGUUUUGGGAAAAUGUCGCUGCGUAUCACCAGAAACAUGAUGGCAAAUACAGAAAACAAUGUGAAAACCACUUUGGCUGGAAAGAGGGUUGUUGCCACCAAACCAGGCUUGAGACCUCGUACAGCAUUGGGAGACAUUGGAAACAAGGCAGAGCUGAAAGUGCCAGCAAAAAAGGAAUUAAAGCCAGCAGUAAAGGCUGUCAAGAAGACAAAACCCAUUGACAAAGUUUUGGAGCCUCUGAAAGUCAGUGAAGAGAAUGUUUGCCCUAAACCUACUCCGGUUGAACCCAGCUCACCAAGCCCAAUGGAAACAUCUGGUUGCCUCCCUGAUGAGCUUUGCCAGGCCUUCUCUGAUGUCCUGAUUCAAGUUAAAGAUGUUGAUGCUGAUGAUGAUGGCAACCCAAUGCUGUGCAGUGAAUAUGUCAAAGACAUUUAUGGCUACCUGAGAAGUCUUGAGGAUGCACAAGCAGUCAGACCAAAUUACCUACAUGGACGGGAAGUUACAGGCAACAUGCGUGCUAUUUUGAUCGACUGGCUGGUCCAGGUGCAAAUGAAGUUCCGUCUGCUGCAGGAGACCAUGUUUAUGACUGUUGGCAUUAUUGACCGUUUUCUGCAGGAACACCCAGUUCCCAAAAACCAGCUGCAGCUUGUGGGGGUCACCGCAAUGUUCCUUGCUGCUAAAUACGAAGAGAUGUACCCACCAGAAAUUGGGGACUUUACUUUUGUAACUGAUCACACAUACACAAAGGCUCAAAUUAGAGACAUGGAAAUGAAGAUACUUCGUGUGCUAAAGUUUGCAAUUGGCCGACCUCUACCCCUGCACUUCCUUCGGAGAGCAUCUAAGAUUGGAGAGGUGACUGCUGAGCAGCAUAGUUUGGCCAAAUAUUUGAUGGAACUUGUGAUGGUGGAUUAUGACAUGGUGCAUUAUGCUCCUUCCCAAAUAGCAGCUUCUGCCUCCUGCUUGUCUCUUAAAAUCUUAAAUGCAGGUGACUGGACCCCAACACUGCAUCACUAUAUGGCUUACUCUGAAGAAGAUCUGGUCCCUGUUAUGCAGCAUAUGGCCAAGAACAUAAUCAAGGUGAACAAAGGACUGACUAAGCACCUGACUGUUAAGAACAAAUAUGCCAGCAGCAAACAAAUGAAGAUCAGCAUGAUUCCACAAUUGAAAUCGGAUGUUGUUGUGGCAAUGGCCCGCCCACUUGUAUGAAGGACUGACAUUGAAUUCUAAUUGAGUAUUGUUGGCACCAUGUGCUUCUGUAAAUAGUGUAUUUUGUUUUACUGUUUUUAAUAAAGCUCAUUUUAACAUUU